CAUCGAUGCCUACCACUAAAAAUAAAGAAAAGAAAAAAGAAAAUAAACUCUCCUCGUUGCAUGCAUGGCGGCAGACAGGCGCUGAACACUGUAUCUUCCAUUCCACGCGAUCAAGCCUUUUUUCUAUACACAGCUUUGAAGUUUGUAAGACCCAACCCCUAAAAAGAACCACUCAUUUUUCAACUUUUAAUCAAAUAUGCUACAAACAUUUCUAAUUUCUUUAUAUUUUGAACGCUGUCUUCUUCUUUUUAAUUUUUUUUCUUCGAGCUUCCCUAUGUGUUAACCGCAUGAACCCCACUUUCACACACACACACACACACAUAUAUAUAUUUUAUGUCUCGGAAAAUGAAGUGAAAGAGAAAGAGAUUGUUGGGAAACCCUAGCUAGCUUUGACUUGGUUUUGACAUUUGGACUUAGUAUGGGCAGGUUCGCCUCUAUAUAUAAAUUAAUGGCCAUAUCCUUCCAUCCACAUUUUCCUCUCUUUAGUUGUCAGGAAACAACAUACUUAACAAGAAAAGUAGCAGAAAAUUAUGGAGGUGUCUAUAAGAUUUGCUAGCUCUCUAUUUGUAUUAAUUAUGUUAUAUGUAAGAUAUUCCAGUGGACAAUCAUAUCCAGCCGCUUCAAACAUAAAAUUAUUGGGUUAUGUAAGAAGUACUUGUACUACAAUUGGAGUUGCUGGGCCAGAAGAGUCUCCAAUGCAUUUUCAAAAGGAAAUUAUUUUCAAUAAUGGUGUUCCCAGUGCACCUGAUGAUCAUGAAUUCGGAAAUAAAAUGAAUGGAGGAAGGAAAAUGAUGAUACAGUCUAAAAAACAUAUGGAAUUAGUUUUCUUAGACGAAGAAGAUAGGCAAGGAAUUCUAAAGCCAAAAAUUAGUACCAGUCAUCGUCGGUUGAAGGCCAAAAGGGCUGAUGUUAUAGCUUUCAAUUCUGAUUAUCAUGUUCCUAGACCUCAUCCACCAAAAAACAACUAA